AUUUGGAGUUUUAUUUGUUUGUGCAGUUCACUUCUGAUUUUCUCCGCUAAAGUGUAUAGCCAGAGCUGUGAAGGGACGGACUUUCAGUGUAGCAGUGGAUUGUGUCUCCUUGAUAACUGGGUGUGUGACGGGGCGGAAGACUGUCCGAACGGACAGGAUGAGGCUCCAGAGUUAUGUGAGACAAAGACAGUAACACAACAGCCACAGAAUACAUGUAAUGGCGUCCACUUCCGGUGUGGGACAGGCGAGUGUAUACCGAAAGAGUGGCAAUGUGAUAGUGACAGGGAUUGUCGCGACGGCUCGGACGAACAUUGUGAACACAGAAACUUCCGGCGGAUAUGUUACUAUACCAACUGGUCACAGUACCGUCAGGGUCGCGCGCAGUUCACACCCACAGAUAUUGACCCUACUCUCUGUACUCAUCUUAUCUACGCCUUCGCCAACCUGGAAGGCACAAGGAUCACUCCGUCUGAACCAAACGAUCCGGAGAUGUAUCAAUUAUUUACCGGCCUGAAAAGUCGAAAUCCUGGAGUGAAAACAUUGCUAGCUGUAGGAGGGUGGAAUGCAGAAAGUAAGGGCUUCUCUAACAUGGUGACUACGCCAAUGAGCCGUCGUGUCUUUGCAUUGUCCGCAAUAUCCUUUCUCCGGAAUCACGGAUUUGACGGCUUGGACAUUGAUUGGGAAUAUCCUACACUACGGGGUGGUAAACCAGAGGACAAACAAAGGUUUUCCUUACUUCUACAGGAGUUACGGGAUUCGUUUAAGAGGGAGUCUGUAUCGUCUGGAAAGCCGUGUCUGCUGUUGUCCGCCGCCGUCUCCGCAAGUCCCAAUGUCAUUGACGUCAGCUACAAUGUCACAGCUCUGGCUGAACAUCUUAGUUUCAUCAACAUUAUGACAUACGACUUUCAUGGCGCGUGGGAGCGGACUACUGGACACAACAGUCCAUUGUAUCCUCGCCGCGAUGAAAAUGAAUAUCAACGUAAGAUGAAUACGGAUUGGGCGGCUAAGUACUGGAACACUUCUGGAGCUCCCCGUGACAAGCUCAACAUCGGUAUCUCUACAUACGGGCGAUCUUACAUACUGGCCGAUCCAGCCACACAGUACCAAUUGUCAGCAGCUGUAUCCAAGCCUGGACCAAAGGGCGUGUACACUCGUGAGGUUGGAUUCCAGUCGUACUACGAGAUUUGCCUACAACAAGAUCUCGGGAUCGGUAGAGUAUUCAGAGACCACGAGCAGGAAGUGCCAUAUUUUGUCGUUGGCAAGGUUUGGAUAGGAUAUGAUGACGCAGAGAGCGUUGCAAACAAGGCACGUUAUAUAGCCCGAGAAGGAUUCGGAGGUUCCAUGGUUUGGUCGAUGUCUCUGGAUGAUUUCAACCAUAUUUGCAAGAGUACUGUCAAACGCUACCCUCUGACCAGCGCAGUAUCGGAGACUCUCGUCGACGCACAGCAAGGCAGAACUACCACACCAUUGCCUACCAUUCCCUCGCCCAUCCCAGAUCCAGGCUUCUACCUUACAACCACAACCACCACUACUCCGGCGCCCGUAACCACUACGCCAGAAGUCACGCCUCGACCCGUGGUCACGUAUCGCCCAAUCACGCAGUCACCUGUUACACAAGCACCUGUCACACUCAACCCUGAACUCGUGUUCGGCAACAGAGGAUUCGUGUGCUGGUUCCGUCCGUACGGGUUUUACGAGGAUCCAGAAAGUUGUCAUCACUUCUACGUGUGUUACACAGGACGGACGUUUCAUUUUAAGUGCCCAAGUGGUCUCGAAUAUAGCAACAAGCACUCCACGUGCGUUUGGCCAGAUGAGCACACGUGUAUAAGAGGGCGAAAGUGA